CUCUUUCUCCCAUCACUGUGCCACCAAACCCUCGCUGGCUCUUAUGGGCAUGAAACAUUCCUCCCGCUGCUUGCUCCUAAGGAGGAAGAUGGCGGAGAACGCGGCCGAGAGCACCGAGGUGAGCAGCCCCCCAUCUCAGCCCCCGCAGCCGGUCGUCCCAGCCAAGCCUGUGCAGUGUGUCCACCACGUGUCCACUCAGCCCAGCUGCCCGGGACGGGGCAAGAUGUCCAAGCUGCUGAACCCGGAGGAGAUGACCUCGAGGGAUUACUACUUCGACUCCUACGCCCACUUUGGGAUCCACGAGGAGAUGCUGAAGGAUGAGGUGCGGACGCUCACUUACCGGAACUCCAUGUACCACAACAAACACGUGUUCAAGGACAAGGUGGUCCUGGACGUGGGGAGCGGCACCGGGAUCCUGUCCAUGUUUGCUGCCAAGGCAGGGGCCAAGAAGGUGUUCGGGAUUGAAUGCUCCAGUAUUUCUGACUACUCAGAGAAGAUCAUUAAGGCCAACCACUUGGACAACAUCAUCACCAUAUUCAAGGGGAAGGUGGAGGAGGUGGAGCUGCCUGUGGACAAGGUGGACAUCAUCAUCAGCGAGUGGAUGGGCUACUGCCUGUUCUACGAGUCGAUGCUCACCACCGUCAUCUUCGCCAGGGACAAGUGGCUGAAACCUGGAGGGCUUAUGUUUCCAGACCGGGCGGCUUUGUACGUGGUAGCAAUUGAGGACAGACAGUACAAGGACUUCAAAAUCCACUGGUGGGAGAACGUCUAUGGCUUUGACAUGACUUGUAUUCGGGACGUUGCCAUGAAGGAGCCCCUGGUGGACAUCGUGGAUCCAAAGCAAGUGGUGACCAACGCCUGUUUAAUAAAGGAGGUGGACAUUUACACGGUGAAGACGGAGGAGCUGUCCUUCACGUCCGCCUUCUGCCUGCAGGUACAGCGCAACGACUACGUCCACGCCCUGGUCACCUAUUUCAAUAUCGAGUUUACCAAGUGCCACAAGAAAAUGGGGUUUUCCACAGCCCCUGACGCCCCCUACACCCAUUGGAAGCAGACUGUCUUCUACCUGGAAGAUUACCUCACUGUCCGGAGAGGGGAGGAGAUCUACGGGACUAUAUCCAUGAAGCCAAAUGCCAAAAACGUGCGAGACCUCGAUUUCACAGUAGACUUGGAUUUUAAGGGACAGCUGUGCGAAACAUCUGUAUCUAAUUACUACAAAAUGCGUUAGCACACGUGGGAGGCUGCAGAGAGCGAGCGAGCCAGCCCGGAAACUCGCCUCCAUCUGCAGCUCGGCCACCAGGGACCCUGUUUGCAGGACGACACGAUCCAUCCUGGAGUGCCCUCGAGACUGGUGAACUCCGCCGGCCUCCCGAGGGCCCUGCCCCUGGACCAAGGGCCCCCAGCCCCUCGGCUCUGCUCCGGGGGGCCCUUCUCAGAGGCUCUGUUUUCCUGACCUUGAGCCACGGCCAGCGCUGCAGCCGGGCCCCGGUGGAGGAGUCCACGCGUGUCCCCAUCGUCCUCCUUAACCGUGACUCUUGGAUCCUCAAGUUUUGCAUGCUGCAGGCAUCUAGGUCUGAUUGCUUCUCUAGAACCUGGAGACUAGUGUCUUUGAUAGCAUAAGCCAGACUCUACGUGCGUGCGGCGGUGCGCGUGUGCGUGCGCGGACAGCUUCCCGGUUAGUUACUUAACUCCGCGCACCUGUACUGUAUGUGUGUGCAGAUACAGUCAAGCGGCUGACGUCCGUGUUCAUCACAGGAGUGUGUGUGUGUGUGUGUGUGUGCGUGUGUGUGUGCGCGUGCGUAGAAUAUAUAUUACUCUCAGAGGAGAUCUGUUGCUUUCCAAUAGAAAUUUGUUUUGUGAUUAGUUCUCUUCCAUCCCCAGCCCUUCCCAGCUAUGAAACGUUCUCUGUAUUAGCUCCAGUCUCCUUUUGACUAGACUGUGGCUCCGAAGCCUGGGCAUAGGACCACGCACUCCGUGGGCACUCAAUAAAUGCACAUGAGAGUGAAA